AUGACGUCCUUGAAGCUUGACGAGAGGUUUUGGUGUACCUACUUCCCGACGACCCUUGAUGGCAAUGCGGGCACGUGGUUUAAGACGUUGCGCCCAGGCAACAUCUCCAACUUCGUACAGCUCAAAUACUUGUUUCUCACCAACUUUAUGCAGUUGCAUAAGUACAAGGGAGACUCCCACUCCAUAAUAGGCUGCAAGCAGAAGGAGGGUGAGGCUGUACGUAAAUAUUUCACAAGGUUCAUAAAUGCCACACUAGAUGUGCUGGGACACGAAGAAGGGCUCAUAGCUGGCGCCUUCACGUGGGGACUCUUACCAGGCCCCUUAUCUCAAAAACUUAUGGGUAAGAAACCCCAAACGAGAGCAGAGCUAAAAGAGAGGGUGGAACGAUAUUUACGGCAGGAGGAAGGUGAGGCAGCAAAGCAGGCAUACCUAAAUGCUAUGACAACCAAGCGCCACAACCCAGGCCACACGGACUUCCAUGGAGGAAGUAGACAUUUCGGCCCAGGAAGGAGGCCCCAAGCGCGGUUCCGACCAUUCAUCAGAGAUGACAGGUGGGGUCAUCGACCGGACGUAUACAUGGUUUCAGAGAAACAACAACCAACCAAGUCACCCAAGAGUCGAUAUUACGAGUAUCACAAAAGCAAGACACACAAUACCGCUAGUUGUUCAGUGAUCAAGAAGGUAAUGGAAGAAAAGCAGCUCAAGGGAGACUUGGUGGAAAUAGCACGGAGCCUGCACGCCAAAUUCGAUGCCGAAAACGCAAAGAACACGCUGCGAGAUGGGGCCCAACCAAAAGAGAUAUUCAUGGUACGCAACAAAUGGUGUAGGGAGGAGCAAACGGCCGACCAAUAG